GCAGUCACAUGACCGGGCCCUCGGCUGCUUACUUCCUGUACAGCGGUUGUUUUUCCUGCGGGACAAAUUAACGGACCACUAUCGCUUCUCUGGCGGCACCGCGUAGCUGCAGGCCAGACCCUGACAGCCAGGACUGGAGGAGAAAUAAAAACGCCGGGGAGCACAACCACCGACCUGUCCGUUAAACGUCAAACCGUUUUCUGUUAUCUUACCUGCGGAGAGAUGAUCAUCGGCGGGGCGGGUAGCUAGUUGACUGGAUAUAACCGACUGCACCGCCCUCAGUGCCGAAAUUGAAAAUAAAACAAACGCAACGUUUUAUGUGCUAGAAGGGGGGCAGCUUGUGCUUUCAACACUCCCUGACUAACGAUAACAUCAGCAGCAAGUGGUGGCUGCUUGACGUUAGCUCUCGUUCGCCGCAUUGAGCAACCACUGACAUGUCAAAAUACACCAGCUUUCCAGAGCCGAUGGAGGACCAGAACCCUUUCCAGGAUCCUGCAGUGACUCAACACAGCAGCAACACAGGAUAUGCCACCCUGGACCUGUACAAUCCAUUUGAUAACACGACUGGGCCUCAGCAUGAAGCCGCCUCUCCCUCUGCUCCUCCAUCUGUGCCUGCACAGACUCCACCCAGCAGGACAACACCCACGGAGCCUCGCAACUACGGCUCCUACAACUCCCAGACUGCAGUGAAUGCCACCACAGCGGAGCUCCUGAGGAAGCAGGAGGAGCUGGAGAAGAAAGCCCGGGAGCUGGAGAGGAGAGAGCGGGAACUGGAGUCACACAGCCUGGGACCUGGAGCCUCCCGUCAGAACAAUUGGCCCCCGCUGCCUUCGUUCUGCCCCGUGGGCCCCUGCUUCUACCAGGACAUCAACGUGGAGAUCACUCAGCGCUUCCAGCGCACUGUCACCAUCAUGUACUACUUCUGGAUGUUCGGCACUUGCACGCUGCUCUUGAACCUGAUCUCCUCCCUGGCCAUGUUCUGCGUGGACUCCACAGGAGGUGUCGGCCUGGGCCUCGCCAUCCUCUGGGCCCUCCUCUUCACCCCCUGCUCCUUCGUCUGUUGGUACCGACCUGUGUACAAAGCCUUCAGGAGUGACAGCUCCUUCAACUUCUUCGCCUUCUUCUUCAUUUUCUUUGCCCAAGUCGUUGUCUACGUCAUCAUGACUAUUGGUAUCCCUGGAUGGGGUUUCAGUGGGUGGAUCGUGAGCCUGGCUGCCCUAAAGACCAGCGUCCCUGUCGGCGCGAUCAUGAUGAUGAACGCCAUCCUCUUUACUGCCCAAACCGCCAUGGGGGUCGUCAUGCUGAAAAGGAUCCACAGUCUGUACAGGCAAACCGACGCCAGCUUCCAGAAGGCCCAGGCCGAGUUCGCCACCGGAGUCAUGGCCAAUCAAGCCGUGCGCCAGGCGGCCACCACCGCCGCCGCCAGCGCCGCCCAGGGGGCCUUCACCGCUCCUCGAUAGAGAGGGACGAGAGGGGUCGGGAGGGUGAGAUGCAUGUUGGAAGAAGAGGAGGAGGAGGCCCUGUCAGCUUGACAGGGGAUCAGUUUGGUAUUUAUUUCCCCACAGGUGAUUAGAAUUUGAUGGCAGGUGCGGGAGGUGAGGGAGGGGGGGUGGGGGAGUGCGUCUGUAUAAUUACCCCUGAGCAUCUGAACUUCAGGGUCACGUGCAUGAGACAGAGGUGGGGUCGUCUGAUUUCUUAAAGGUGUACAGGACAAGUUAGCUACACGGCCAAACCAGGAGUCGGCAAAAAAAAUUAAGGCGUUGAUUCAAAGACAAGAUGUGAAGCUGUAUCAAAUGUGUCACAGUUGUACCGAGUGUCAGUAAACGCAGGGAAAAAUGAUUUCUUGUAUGGAGAACAAAAAAACAAAACAAAAAAAAACAAGCUGUGUGCCAAGCGGAGACGGUUGUAGCCUGGAUUUUUCUGCCAUUUAGAAAAAUGACUUUUGAUGUACGUCGUGUUGAAGAGGAGAGAUGUUUUGAGACGUGAGUUGAAACACUGAAAUGCUGCCAUUCUAACAUUUGAUCCAUAAACUGAGCGGCUCGACUUUGGCCAACACUAUUUCUUUCAUUGCUUACGUGUGAACUAACAAGUCGUUUUGCCAUUAUUUCAAAAACGAGAAUGCCUAUUUACCUUUUAUUGCCAAAAGCUCUCAUACUGUAAAAGAUUAUGAACAUGUGUUGUUUUCCCAGUUUACAAAUAUAUCUGUCACUGUUCCCUUGGUGUUUUUUGCUCGUGGUUCUUAUUAUUACAAGGCAUUGUCUUUGUUUUAAUAAAAGAAAAAAUAUA